AUGUCCGUCCCCGCAAGUUGCGAUGUGCUCGUUAUCGGCAGUGGCAACGCAGGCUUCUCUGCAGCACUCUCUGCCAGUCAAGCAGGGGCCAAAAAAGUUGUCUUGAUAGACAAAUGCCCUGAAGAAUGGGCAGGCGGCAAUUCUUACUUCACGGCUGGCGCAUACCGAAUUGCGCAUGAUGGGCUGAAAGAUGUCCUCCCACUAGUGGGCAACGUGUCAGAGGAGCAAGCCGCCAAGAUUGAACUCGCCCCAUACACGAAAGAUGAUUUUCUCAACGAUAUCCGUCGUGUUUGCGAGGAUAAGUCCGACCCGGCCCUCUCUCACGCUUUAGUGUCCGAGUCCAACGCGGCAGUCAAGUGGCUCGCUGCCAGUGGCAUUCGAUUCUCGCUGUCGAUCAAUCGCCAGGCGUACGAAGUGGACGGCAAGCUCAAGUUCUGGGGUGGUCUAUGUUUGAAGACGCUGAAUGGCGGUAAAAGCCUAAUCGAAGACCACCGGGCCGCAGCUCGCAAGCAGGGAAUAGAUGUGUAUUUGGCCACGGAGCUUAUUUCUCUACAGCAUGCACCAGAUGGCAAGCAUGUCACGGUCUGCGUCAGAAAUGAUGGAAAAGAGUCGGAUAUCACAGCCGGCGCAGUGAUACUGGCGGCUGGCGGCUUCGAAGCUAACCCGGAGAUGCGCAGCCGCUUCCUCGGCCCAGGCUGGGAAAGGGCCGCCGUGCGCGGCACGCCGUACAAUACUGGCGAUUGCUUCCAGCUCGCGCAGAAUUCACUUGGCGCGCAGGCCGUGGGCGACUGGGCGGGCUGUCACUCCGUCGCCUGGGAUGCGACGAAUGCUGACCCUAGUCAGGGAGAUCGCCUGGCGUCGAACGAAUACACCAAGUCGGGCUAUCCCCUAGGCCUGAUGCUCAAUAUUCACGGCAAGCGCUUUGUGGAUGAAGGCGAAGACUUACGCAACUACAACUAUGCUAAAUUCGGUCGCGCCAUUCUCCAACAGCCCGGCCACGCAGCCUUUCAAAUCUGGGAUGCGCGGACGAGCGGAUGGCUGCGCGACGAAGAGUACCGCGCUGAACGCGCUGAGCGACUCGAAGCCAACACGCUCGAGGAGCUUGCCACUCUGUGCGCCACUUGUGGUCUCACAGACAAAACUGCCUUUCUCGCGACCAUUCGUGAGUACAACGACGCCGUCUACGCACGACCCGCAGAUGCGGCAGCGACGGCCUGGGAUCCCGCCGUCAAAGACGGCCUGUCGACAGGCAGGCACCUCGCGCUGCCCAAGUCCAACUGGGCGCUGGCCAUUGACGAGCCGCCGUUUCUGGCUGUCAAGGUGACGUGCGGCAUCACCUUUACCUUUGGCGGCCUACGCGUGGACCCUGAGACGGCGCAGCUCGUCAACGGCCGCGGCACGCUGAUUCCUGGCGUGUACUGCGUGGGCGAGAUGCUGGGCGGGCUGUUCCACGGCAACUAUCCUGGCGGUAGCGGACUGACGUCGGGGACGGUCUUUGGGAGAAGGGCGGGCAAGGCCGCGGCGGAAUAUAGUUGUAGGCUGGCAGCACAAUAA